AAGAGUACAAAUCGUAAUCGCCUGAUAUUUUCUGAAUUUUAUUUCACUAUAAAGUAGCAGCGCUGAGAGAAUCUGCAUUUUUAGAAGCGGGAUAUCACCCGAAGUGUCAGUGAUGUAAACUACGCAGUCAGUUCAGUCUGUUACCGCUGUACUGGCAGUGCAGGCUAUUCGAUUUGAGCUCGCUGUGCUGGGGACAGUGAGAUAAAAUGUGACGGUAGUGCAACACUAUGCUGUGAUCGUUUAGCGGAGGGACACAAUACACAGGGUCCCUGACAGUGGUGGUGAUGCCAAGCUCGUCGCAUUCUCAUAGGUUGGACCGAAGUAAAACAAACUUUCAUCAUUAAUGAAGAAGGCUGGACGUAUAUGAGCAACCACCUUUUCAUUUUUUUUUUACAGUUGCAGAAAUAGGCGGGAAGUUUGUAUAAAAAGGUUUGAAAACACUGUAAAUUUCUAUUGGACACGGCAACUGGUUAAACCGAAACUGCCUGUUUUUUUUUUUUGUAUUUUUUUAAAUAAUUUUUUCAUGAUAUUUUUUAAAUUAUUUUUAUUUUUGUAUUAUUAUUAUUUUGUGUUUCGUUUGCAGCACAUACCAUAACAAACCUCGCGUAAUUAGAAGACGUCUCCUCUGCUACAGGAUCUUGCCUGAACGGACUCCUCUUUUUUCAUGGUAUUAUAAUGCUGUUCGGAUGCCGGUCGGUGAUGUUUCUGCUUUUAAAACGUGAUCGCUUCUUCUGGGAUACAGUAACUGAAUCCGGAUUGCACCUGUGUGUCUGCGUCUUUGACUGGGGGACUGUACAAACCAAAAUGGCUGAUUCUUCGGAUGCGGACAGACUGGCUAGUGCUUCGGCAAGGGGCGAGCUGAAAAUAGUUGAAAUGUUAUUGCAAAACGGGGCAAAUGUUAAUGAAAAGAAUGCGUUUGGCAGGACUCCCUUACAGGUGAUGAAACUUGGCAACCCGUCAAUAGCCGAAGCCCUGCUCAGAGCCAAAGCCAAUCCCAACGAAAGAGACCCUCUCUUCGGUCUCACCGUUGCCCAUGACGCAGCCCGGGAUGGGUUCGAGGACACUUUGAGGGUUCUGGUGGACUACGGAGCCGACGUCAACAUCCAGGACAGCGAAGGGAACUUGCCUCUGCACUUGGCAGCGAAAGAAGGAAACCUGGACGUCGUGAAAUUUCUAAUUGAGCGGACUAUCGAACCCAGGCUUGCGAACCGCAAAGGGAUGACAGCGCGCGAGCUAGCCGCAAUGCACAACAGACAGUCGACUGCCCAGUGGAUCGAGGGACAUUUAUACGGGCAUGUCCAAAACUGAAGGAAAACAAAACAUAAACAUUUCAUUAUAGUUGUGUGUGGGUUUUUUUUUAAGUCACAAAAAUGCUCCUCUGUGUUCUAACACUGAGAGAGAGAGCAAUUGAAAAUGUCCCCAGUAGUUUGUGAGUUUCUUCUAAUUCUUGAGGACACAAUGAAUGGACAAAAGUAUAGCCGUUUGAGACUGUGUUGUAAACGAAUGCAAAUCUUUUCCGCCUCUGUUUUCCACAUUUACAUUUUUUUUACACAGUCCCUCUGAAUGGCUCGAUUUGAUUAAGUUUGAGGGCGACAAAACAAAAAUCAAUUCCCAAUCUGCAAUCUUUAAGGAAAUGGUUAUAAAAUCACUUCAGAUGCGCAGUCUUUCAUUUCAAAUCAUUGAAAACAAGAGUCCGUCCUCUUUAUUUCUGAUAGGGUUCACAAUUAAAUAAAUGCGGAAACUUGUUACCACGUUGUUACCUCAUAAUACGUUUUAGUAUGGUCAUACCACACAGUGUUUCAAAAAUUAAAAGUUUGCUACUGGCAACUUCUCUCUCCCGUUUAUUAUUUAACAACAGUCGAUCAGUUGCAUGAAUUUCACACUAGUUAACGGUUUAUUGCAAGAUUAGGUCAAAUUUGGCAAUGCUUUACAGCAGUUGGCAAUUAGAUUGGCAGCUGUUAUGUAAUAACUGGUCAUAAAAAAGUUUAUCCAACAGUUUUAAAAAAAAAAUUAUCCAACAGGUAAAAAAGAAACAAGGACCAGGGGUCACAAAUGGAGAUUAGAUAAAGGGGCAUUCAGAACAGAAAAUAGGAGGCACUUUUUUACACAGAGAAUUGUGAGGGUCUGGAACCAACUCCCCAGUAAUGUUGUUGAAGCUGAAACCCUGGGAUCCUUCAAGAAGCUGCUUGAUGAGAUUCUGGGAUCAAUAAGCUACUAACAACCAAACGAGCAAGAUGGGCUGAAUGGCCUCCUCUCGUUUGUAUAGUUUCUUAUGUGCUUCUUCUUUCUUCUUAAUACGUAAAUAACAUUUAAAUAACACAAUGCGCCAUUACUUGCUGAUGUAUCUUUUAGUGAGAUUACUGUUAAUUAUGACAAACUGGGUUUUCAGGAUUUUCCUGCGGCAAAAUAAAUGCAGAUUAAAUGAGAUCCUUAUUUGAGUGCAUUGGUGUAAAAUAAAUAAACGAAACUGACUUUUUAAAUGGCUGAUGUGGCUUGAGCGACAUUGAAUUUGUAAGCGAAGAAUCAAAUUAUAAUGUUUAACACAGCCUUAAAUUAGACGUGUAUGCCGCUGUGAAUUUCCUGCACAAAACACACGGUUUUUUUUUCCUUCUGUGUAAACGUGCGUUAGACACACACACAGGCCGACCACAGAUAUUCUCAGAUGAGUGAAUAUGAACUAUACUGCACUGUCUUCGAUUCCUGUUAUGACUCGUGCCAUUUCAAAAAGGUUUUGAUUUAAUCAGAACGGUGUUUGAAAUGUUCUGUAUGCCUGCUUAAAAAUUAUAAGAAUAAGAAGAAUAGGUUUAUAUAUAAUUUCUGUUCUUUAAAAAAAAAAAAAAUUGUGCAAACAAAAAAAAAACAACCUUUAAAACUAUAGGCAUACCUGCAAAUAAAAUUAACAAUAACUAAUAUUAUCAAACAAUUAUGCCAUUGCUGAAUGGAAAUACAUUAUUUCACAGCCUACUAUUUGGGAUACGUUAUUCGUUAUAAUACAUUCUAUAAAAGAGAGAGAGAGAGGGCCUAUAACUUUGAAAAAUAAAUGUUUUGAUAAUACCAAUUCUGACGUCACAUCUCACUUUUAUUAACAGGUACCGCUUCACAAAAAAUAGAGUGUUCGAUAAAAAUAAUAAUAAUAAUAAUAAAAAAAACACAUUUUGUAUUAAUCCCUGAAAAUAAAAAUAAAUAACUACAAAGACAAUUAAAAUCUAUUAAAAAUGAUAGGUGAAGUAGGAUACAGGGAUCAAUUUUAAUGCAUGUACUUGGUUUACCCUAUACAGAUUUCAGUUUGCGUUAAUCGAGUCAUGGCUUUCUAAUAUUUGUAUACAGCAGAGUGAAUUAGCAAACCCCUGAGUCUUAUAUAAACUCACACUUUUUUUUCUCAGCACCGAAUAAUAAUACGAUUUACUUCACAGUAUAUGUUCGAAUUGUGUUGUUCAUUUUAAAGCACCGCCUAAUAUUUGAAAGCCACUAGAACAACUACACAUAUUUGUGCUUUCCAAGAACACAGGCAGGGGUGCUUUACUGUGUACUAACAACGUUGUGUUUGUGUGUAAAUGUUUACCACAAACUGGUAAAGGAGAACACAUGUUGUGUUAUUCAAUGCAUAAAAACCGUGCGUUGUUCUUAAAUCAAACAUACGUUGUGUUCUGUUUAUGGUUUUUUUUUUUUUUUUUUGUAAUAGUUGUUUACAUGUGUACGCUUUCAGAAAUGCUUUAAACUCUGUGCUUAGGCCUACAUGAAUCAAAUGUGAAAGCAUGUAAAAUAUAAAUAAAUGUGAGGUUUGCUAAUUUCAAUAUACCAACAUUACUCAGGCAUCUCUUGUGUAGACAGAUUUCAGAUUUUUGUUUUGUUUUAUUUUUAAAGUAACGAUGUAGCAUUAUUUAAGAAAAUGUUCUUUAAAAAAAAGUGUAAGAUAUGUACCUUGUCAGGCCUCAGA